AUGGAGACGAUGGCAGCGGCUCCCGCGCCGCAGCAGAGGACGGGGCGCAUCGCGCGGAGGCUGGCCAGGCUGCUCCGCCGCAAGAGCUCCCCGGCGGGGGCGGGGGGGAUGGCGUACUCCGUCGCAGGGGACGACUUCGACGACUCACUCGACAGCUCCAUCAACUCGCUCAGCAAGCUCAAGCUGUCCGGCAACCUGGCAGCUGCCUACACGCUGGACGCCUUCUUCAAGAAUGCCACGGAGACGAAGGGGACGGCGGCGGCGGCGCCGCAGACGCAGCCGUCGCCUGCGCCUGCGCCGGUGCCGGCGCCGGGGGCGCAGGACGCCGCGAAGCACGCUUUCGUGGCGACCCUGUUCGCUCGGGCGUCCGCGGUGAAGGCGGCGUACGCGCAGCUGCAGCUGGCGCAGCACCCGUACGACGCCGACUCCAUCCAGGCGGCCGACGCCGGCCUGGUGGCGGAGCUCACCAAGCUGUCGAGCCUCAAGAGGCGGUACGCCAGGGACCCGGCCGCCGCGGCGUCCAGGAGUGCCGCCGCCGCGCUCGCCCUCGCGGCGCACGCCGACGAGCAGCGCCACCUGCUCCGGACCUACGAGAUCACGGCGCGCAAGCUGGAGGCGGAGCUCCGCGUGCGGGACGCCGAGGCCGAGCGCGCGCGCGCCGCGCUGGCCGACGAGGUUCGCGCCGCGCGUGGCCUGGAGGAGCGCACCCGCACCCUGGCGUCGCUGGACGACCUCCACCUCUCCGGCCUCAACGCCACCCACUUCCUCACGGCGCUGCGGCACGCCGUCAAGUCCGUCCGCGCCUUCGCCAGCGCAAUGCUCCACGCGAUGCGGGCGGCCGGCUGGGAUCCCGAGGCGGCGGCGGCGGCCGCGGCCGCCGUGCACCCGGGCGCCAGGCUGCGGGACCCGGCGGGCGACGCCAGGUUCGCGCUCGAGUCCUACGUGGCGCUGAAGAUGUUUGCUGGGUUCCACCGCAAGGACCUGGGCCUGAGCUCCCUCCACGGGCGGGGCGCCUCCACGACCGCCGCCGCUUCUUCGAGGAGUUCGCGGAGGCCAAGUCCGCGGCCGCGGCGGAGUUAUUAG